AAGGAAACAGAUAAGGCCAUCCCCAUCGCUCACGCCCCUGCCCUGCUCGCAAGGCCAUGCCUUGGCCGCCUGCUCGCAACGCCGCCUCGCCGCUGCCGAAGCCGCGCCCGCCCCUGCCCUGCUCGCAACGCCGCGUCGCCUUCCCCUGCUGAAGCCGCGCCCGCCCCUGCCGGAGUCGCGCUCGCCUCGGAUCUCUAGAGCCGCGCCCGCAUCGGACUGCCAGAGCCGCACCCACCCCCGACCGUCGGAGCCACGCUCGCGGAUCCGCUACCGCCGGAGCCGCGACCGCCGGAGACGAGCUCGCCGGAGCCGCGACCGCCGGAGCCGCGCUCGCCGGAGCCGCGACCGUCGGAGUCGUUGGAGGGUCGUCUCUGUGCCUACUGAUCCAUUCGUCUCCAACAGACUGCAACCCAAGGAGGACGUUAGGUCGUGGGAGCACAGGCGUUCCUCGAGGCCGUGGGUCUGCCUGCAUCGCUAGCCUGACUUCACCGCCACCCAAGGUCACUGAACAAAGAUGGUGGGCGGCAUGAGGAAUGUGAGGUCACGGUACGCCCGACCGAGGGAGGAGCCUCAGGAGCAGCCUGAGGGGUCGGGGAGCAGGUCGAGGAGCCGGUCGAGGCGGACCUCGAGCAGGAGGACCAGGAGCGUUAGCAGUCUUCAGGGGGAGACACCCAUGGUGCAGCAGCAGGAGACGCCCACCUGGGAGCAGGAGGAGCAGGAGGAGACGACCACCGAGGCACAUGAGGAGCAGGAGGAGGAGGAGGAGGAGGACGAGGAUGACGGGGCCCCGCCAGAUAUCUGGCAACGAGGUCCCAAUCAGCUUCCCAAUCGACCGAUAUUCAUCGACCAUCGCCCAUUGAUUCGGCCACGAGGGCAAAAGUCCUUUAAGGUACUAGUAGCGGGAGUUGGUCACCAACGACACCCCAGUACCAUCCUUGGUGGCUUGUGCAGGUUGCACUUCCCUGGCGUGGUCACUCUUGCGGGGGCUCUGGAGCCGGCAUGGACAUUUCAGCACUACGGAGGCGCGCCGGAUACCACAGAUGUACUUGGCAGGAACUUCGGCAACAAGGCCUUGAGGGUGAUCAAGGAGAUGUGGGAUUUCUUUAGAGUGGAGCCCGAAUAUGAGGAACAGGCCAAUCACAUUUUUGGAAAAAAAUGUGUCAAGAGCAUCAAGGACAUGCACUACGAGGCGCGCAUCCAGGCAAUCAUAAAUUACAAGGCCCAGUACGAGCAUGUGAAGAUACACAAAGAUGUCGCAAGGGACACUACACUGUCCAAGGAACAGUUCAUGCUUGUGCCACUGUACUGGGUGGAGGGCAAAGGGAUGUGCUGGGAAAUGAUGGUGGACUGGUGGUGCAACCAGGAAUGGCGGGACUAGCACGACGCUGCCCGCGUGCGAUGCAGAAAGAUGUCAGGUCCAUCACACCAUCAAGGGAGCCUUACCCUCGAGGAAUACAAAGAAAGAUAUGAAGCCGCACACCCUGGGCAGGAUAUAGGCCCGUUGGGGGCCUAUGCUCUGUCCAAGAAGGGGAAGGCGACGGCCGACAUCACCUACAGCCCGGACGACCCUGCUGAGGCGUACACCAACUCCACCGUCCAUAGCCGGAUCAGCUCAUACUGUGAUUCAGCACAUGCGAUCCAUGACCCUGACUUCGAUCCCUACAAUGAGGCCAUCAGUGGAGAAGCAGCCAUGAGGGCAGGGGGAGGCAAGCAACAUGGGCGGUACUGGGUUGCCGACCCCUUGAUUGACUCCUCGAGGACUCCUACUCUCUCCCAGAUCAGAGCAAAGGACAGGCGCCAGGGCCAAAGCAGCUCUGGGGUACGCUCGAGGCCGACCGCAGCCGACUGCAUCAUCACCAACCUCCAGACCCAGCUUUCGCAAAAGGAAGUCAGGAUCACCGAGUUAGAGACACAGUACAGGGAGAUGGCCAUCUACAUGCGAACUCUUGGGGCUCAGAUGGUAGCACCUCCGCCACCAAACUUGUACGUUCCACCUGCUCUAGGUGGACCUAGCCCACUUCACUCCCAGGGUUCUACUCAAGCGCCCAAUGAGCAAAGUCCUCAAGACGGUGGGUGGAGCGACCAUGUCAAUCCGUACCAACCUCCAGGCGAUUCAUGGGGCAGACGAGAUGGAUUCGGUUGGUGAACUUGUAGUUUGUUCAUGGAAUUUGUCGUUUUCUCGGACGUGUUGUUGAACUUGUGGUUUCCUCAGACUUGUGAUGGACUUGGUGAUGAACAUGUGUUUAUGUAUGUGACAUGUACGUUAUAUAUAUGUGAGAGAUUUGGUAUA